AAAAAAAUCAAAAACAACGUUGAAGUUCUUGGCAACAUAAAUAAUAUUCACUUUUACCAACAAUCGAACAUUUAUCUUUGUGGACACUUAAAAAUCUAUGCUAAUCUCAAUGCUAUUAUUAAAAAGUCUUUCAAAACUACUACCGUCAAUGUUCCUUCGUUUCAUCAGACCGUUAUCUAAAUAUAUUUUAAUUGAUGCCGCUGAUGCAAUCUCUUAAAUUUUUAUUGUUAUAUGCCGAAACGUUCAGUAAAAAUUCAAGAAUGUAUUUUAUUCAAACAAUCAGUUUUUGUGUUAUUAUACGAAUGUGUAUUGCAAAUCCUAUUCCAAUCGUUACUAAUGGCUCCAGCAAACAACAAACAGAUUGCCUAGCAGAAAUGGAAAGAGUUUUUUUAAUGGACGAGAAAAUUACAUGCAAUGAUGGAUCAAAAUCAGGAUAUUAUCUGAGAGAAAAUCAAAAUAGCGAGGAUUGGAUUAUAUAUCUAGAAGGAGGUUGGUUUUGUCACAAUGAAGCUUCGUGUACAACUCGAAUGAACCACUCAAGUUUGUUUUCUAUGACUUCGUCUAAACUUUGGCAUGAUUGUCGGAAAGGUGAUGGAAUGGUUCAUCCAGAUUCAAACUCAAAUCCACUUUUUUACCAUUAUAAUCACGUAUAUGUUCCAUAUUGUUCAAGUGAUUUUUGGCUAGGAAACACAAAUCAAAUUACUUCAAAAGGUGAGAAUAUUGCAUUUCAUGGAUCCAAAAUACUAAUCAGGUUAAUUACAGAAUUAUUGAAUAAGCGUUUAGCUAAAGCAUCAACACUAGUAUUGGCUGGUAGCAGUGCAGGGGGUAUUGGUGUUCUUCAAAAUAUUGAUCGUGUAGCUAAAAUUGUACAGACUCUAAAACCAAAUAUUGAAGUUAAAGGUAUCAUUGAUUCAGCAUAUUUUCUUGAAGCCUCCCUUAAUUCAAACUGCAAAUCAGAUGGCUGUAAUAACUCAGAUAUGGAACUAAAACUUGCAACAAGUUAUUGGGGUGCCUUACUUGACUCUACUUGUGAUAAAGGUUACCGCUGCUUGUUCGCAGAAAAUAUGCUGCUCACAGUAAAAACUCCAAUAUUCAUGUUCCAGUGGCUGUAUGACACAGUGCAAAUUAUGGCUGAUAAUCGAGCAUUAGAAACACAUUUGGAUGAAAUCUUUCAACCUGAAAACAUGGCCUUUGUUCUAAAGCUUGGAGAAAAAAUGAGGAAAUUGCUAAAAGAAAGUGACGAGAGAAUUGGUUUGUUUGCACCAUCAUGCAUUGCCCAUACAGCAUUGGCUAGCAGUUCUGUUUUUCAUGGCGUUAAAAUUCAUGGUGUUACUUUUAAUCAAGCUUUACAGUGUUGGUUAAGUGAAAGCUCAAAUAAGACUAACUCAGGAAAAGAUGCCAGCUGUAAAAUGAGAUUUACAGACAGUUGUCCUCCUAUGUCGUGUCAAAAAGAUUGCCCACCAAUCUACGAUCCUACAACAGGAGUAGAGAUAGAAAUUCCUAUGUCAAAUGUUAAAGAUUUGGACAAAAAAGAAUCUCGACCUGAUCCUGACUAUAUGGAAUUCUUGAACAGGGUAAUCAAAGAUAUUAACACAGGAUAAGAAAGUCAUCAAUAUAUUUUCUUCAGAUUCGUAUACAGCCUUCUAGAUAAAGAAGAUAUUACUUUCUUAAAGAAUUAAAAAUGACAUUUUUGACAUAAAAAUGACAAUAUAAACACAUACGCAUACAUACAGAU